UGAAGACGAAAAUUAAAUAUUAAUAAAUUAACACAUGUACAUAGAUUGGUUUGUUUGAAAAAAUAAACAUUUAUACUUAUUAUGCUGUUAUAAAAAUAUAUAAAUUUAAAAAUGUUACGAAUAUUAUCGAGACGAUUGUUUGUGUCCCAUUGUCAACUUAGUGCUCCAAUUUUAAGUAACAAUAUUAUUUCAAAAAAUAUAUGUCCUAAUCUAUUAAGUGUACCUGAACAUGUAAAUAUCCAAUCAGCAAGACAUUAUGCAAAAGGCAAAGACAUAAAAAAAGAUAAGUCAAAGAAAAAACAAAAGGUUGCAAUAAACGAAGAACAAUUAUCUGAAGUCUUAGAUGUAGAUAAUUUAAAGAAACAAAUGACUAAAUGUGUUGACCAUUUGAAAGAUGAAUUCGUAAAGAAUUUGUCAUUGAGAUCAACAACCGGAGCUAUCGAUGCACUGCCAGUCAAAUUUGAAGGAAAGGAGUACGAGCUUCAAGAACUGGCUCAAAUUGUCCGAAAGAACCCAAAGACCGUGGUUGUAAAUAUGACUUCAUUUCCUCAGGUUAUACCUGAGGUUCUUAAAGCCUUGAGUAAAUCUGGGAUGAAUUUGAAUCCUCAACAGGAUGGUACUACUUUGUUUAUACCAGUACCAAAGGUGACCAAAGAGCACCGUGAGCUGCUGUCCAAGAACGCUAAGACAUUAUUUAUAAAAUGUCGUGAUAGUAUCAAAGAUAAUCAAAACAAUGCAAUAAAGAAAGUUAAAAAGCAGACUGGAUUAUCUGAAGACUUAGUACACGAUGUACAACUGCAAAUAACCUCAAUUGCAGAUUCGUAUCUAGAAGAGGCUCAAAAACUACUUGAUAGUAAACAACAAGAACUGAUUGGUGAAAAAUAAUCAUUCACAUUUUAUUAUGUAUUUAAAUACAUUUAGUAAGAACAAAAUAAUGAAUGCAUAUAUGAAUUGUGGAAAAAUAAUAUAAAUUCUAUGAAAACCAUAAGUUAAUUUCUUCUUAAAUUUAGUCAUACUCUA